AGCUUCUUGACUUGUGUUGCACAAGAAAUGUCCUCAGGACUUGUCACUGUUUUAGUAAUGGUUGCUAUUAUUGGGACUGCUUCAGAAAACAAAAAGAUCUGUUUUGAAGCCUCCAUUUGUAUCCACGACGGGAAACGACGAUGCGGUUUGGAAAAUGGCACGAGAGAAGUCAGAUGGUUUAUUGAUAAGUGCGAUUUACUGGAAUUUAACUGUGAAUAUAGCAGAGAAUUUAAUAUCGUGCGACGACUAAAAUGUCGUCAUGUUCCACCGUUAUAACAAUAGCUCUGUAGCUAUCAAAACAGUAAACUCCUAGAAUAGAUCAGGAAGUUUAGAUUUAGAAGACAACAACAGACUUGCUUAUGGAAUAACCAUCCCUCUAAAACAUUUAGUCAUUCGUAGAGCAUCGAUCUAGGUGAAAGUCUUUUGGAGAAGUCAAAUAUGAAUCCUAAAAUAACAAUGAUCAUUCUUUUUGGUAUAUUUGCUAUAGUAUUCUCACACGGACCUCCACAAGAACGCGAUAAUGAAGACAUUGCUAUGGGGCGGAAGGUAAAAAAAAUGGGUCCUAAGUGGUGCAGUAUGGCCAAGGUUUGCAAUCAUGAUCGUGUGCCUAUUUGCGGCGUCAGCCACGCGGGUGACGUCAUGGGCUUCAGAGACCUCUGUGACAUGUUUGAUUAUAAUUGUAUUAGACGUAGAAAUUACAAACAAACCUCUUGCCCAGAAGAUAAAUCCGUCUUAACUGUAUCUCGACGUCCAGCAAGCAGCUUCUACGAUGACUAAUACACUAUUAAAGUCUGUUUAUAUUAUGCAUAUUCAGAAAUUAUCAUACACUGAAACGAAUUUAUAUUAACAUUGUAAUAAAAAAAAUAUAAAUUUU